CUCCCCUCCUCCACCUUUCCCCUCCCCUCUGUCAUUAGCUGGUAUAUAAGAGCAUUGCAUCCCUCUCCACCUCUCUCACACACAUACAGUGUGUUUGCUGGGAAGGGAACAGUCCAGGGGAAACUAGGGAUUACAUUGUCUACCUGCUUGUGAAAGAAUUAUUUUACUCUCUGGAAUUUCCAUUAAACAGAUCUUGGAACAACAUCUUAAGUGGAGCCAUAGCAUUUCUGACCAUCAUCUUCAUCAUCAUCAAAACCCAGUGACAUCAUUAUCAUCACCUGAUCUGCAACAUAUUUUCCUGUCUUCAACCUCAUCACUUGUCAGUAACAUCAACACAGAACGCAUCAUCAAGGAGACCAUGAGCAGCAACUACAGCGCCACUCUCUUAGGCCCUGCCCCCUGGGGCUUCAGGCUGCAGGGAGGGAAGGACUUCAACAUGCCCCUCACCAUCUCCAGGCUGACAGAUGGUGGGAAGGCCGCUAAAGGUGGGAUUUCAGUUGGAGACAUGGUUCUAUCUAUUGACGGCAUCGCCACGGAGGGCAUGAACCACCUGGAGGCCCAGAACAAGAUCAAGAGCUGCACUGGUAACCUCACCCUCAACCUGCAGAAGGCCUCCAGUGUUCCUAAACCUCCUCCUGUGGCACCAAAGGACAACAGAUCAGACAUCAUAAAACCAGUGGCCCUCACCCAUCUGCCUCCCUCACCCCAUUCCCACCCUCACUCCACCAUACCCUACAAUAAGACCCCUAGACCUUACAGGGGUUGCGGAACAGAAAGCGAAUACCCGGCGCCACAGUCCCCCUUUGCUCCCUUCAUCCCAUCACCAUCCUCUGCCUUCACACCUGCCUCCUCCCACACCAGUCCGCUUCCCCCUCCACCUCCUGUUUCUUACCCAUCCUCUUCUUCCUCCUCCUCCCCUCCUGUCCUCGUUCCACCCCAGCCAUCAGUGUAUAACACACCAAUCAACCUCUACUCCAAUGAGAACGCAUGUGAGGUGGCCAUGGGGCAGAGGCGGGGCCUAUUGGAGAGUCAGGGCGGAGCCUUGCCCUUGCAGUUUAAUGGAGUUCCCAGGAAACACGUUGUGGACACAGACAUCAAUUUUUACCAUGUGCCCACUCAUGCUGAUGCCAGCAGGCAGCGCAUAAUGGAGGACACAGAGGACUGGCGCCCACGCACCGGCACCACCCAGUCCAGAUCAUUCAGGAUUCUGGCUCAGAUCACUGGCACCGAGAAUGCUCCAGAUGAGGAAGCUGAUGGAGCCAAGAAGACAAAUGAGGAGGGAGAGGAGCCAGAACUCAACAGCCAUGAGUCUGCAGUUGUCAAGACGAUGAUCAAAGGGCCUGCUGCAAACCAGGGCCACGGUUCACGGACUGGAUUGAUCACCCCAUCUUUUGGUAUGAGGGGUAAUGGAAGUGCCAGUGUCCCAAGGGGUCCUGUCCCAGCCCGACCUGUACCUCAGCCCCACCCUAAAGAUGAGGACACCCUGGUGCAGAUGGCAGAACACAUCCCUGCUGGGACUCGUACGCCCAUGUGUGCCCACUGUAACAUGGUCAUCAGGGGGCCAUUUUUGGUAGCAAUGGGGAAAUCAUGGCACAAAGAGGAAUUUAACUGUGUCCACUGCCGUUCAUCACUGGCAGAUACAGGCUUUGUGGAAGAACAGGGAUCUGUCUACUGUGAACACUGCUACGAAGAGUUCUUCGCUCCAACAUGCAGUCGCUGUCAGGCAAAGAUAUUGGGGGAGGUGAUAAACGCCCUCAAACAGACGUGGCAUGUCUACUGCUUCCUGUGUGCUUGCUGUCAGCGGCCAAUCAAAAACAACACCUUCCACCUGGAAGAUGGAGAACCAUACUGUGAACAAGACUUCUACAGUUUGUUUGGGACUGGCUGCCAUGGCUGUGAGUUCCCCGUUGAGGCUGGAGACAAGUUCCUGGAGGCCCUUGGUUACACCUGGCAUGACACCUGCUUUGUUUGUGCUGUGUGCUGCACCACUCUGGAAGGCCAGACCUUCUUCUCCAAAAAAGACAAACCUCUUUGCAAGAAACAUGCUCACACACUGAAGAUAUGAAUAUUGUACUUUCCUCACAAUUUUCUAGCCAUACAUUCUCUCUUGUUUGGGGGGUGGGAAUGCCUCUUCAUAGUACUGUAGUUAGUUCCCACAACAAUAAAACUCA